AUGCCCACAAGCCAGACCCGAAAUUGGCGCGCAUCGGCCAAUGGGGGCUGGUGGAAUGCUGGGGCGACGUUGGCGGAACCGUGGAGUCGGGGGGCGAUUCUGGUCACCGGGUUGGGGGACCGAGCAAAGCAGAGGGGUGACUCUCUGGCACCAGAUGCACUGAGCCGCCCAGCGCCCCCAGAGGGGCAAGAGGCCGUCAUGGUGGAGACAGCCCCCUCGGCCCCCUACCUGUCCGUCAUGGACCAGUAUGGCUACCAGCUGGGCAAGAUCAUCGGCCACGGCUCCUAUGGCAUUGUCUACGAGGCGUAUUUCACCAAGCAGAAGGCCAAGGUGGCCAUCAAAAUCAUCUCUAAGAAGAAGGCAUCCGAUGACUAUCUCAACAAAUUCCUGCCCCGCGAGAUCCAGGUGAUGAAGGGCCUCCACCACAAGUACUUGAUCACCUUCUACCAGGCCAUCGAGACCACGUCGCGGCAUUACAUCAUCAUGGAGCUGGCCCCCAGCGGCGACAUCCUCGAGUGGAUCCAGAGCUCGGGGCCCUGUGCCGAGCCCCUGGCUGGCCGCUGGUUCGCCCAGCUCACCCUGGGCGUGGCCUACCUGCACAGCAAGGCCAUCGUGCACCGGGACCUGAAGCUGGAGAACCUGCUGCUGGACAAGCGGGAGAACGUGAAGAUCUCGGACUUCGGCUUCUCCAAGCAGGUGGUGCCGCAAGGCCAGCCGCCGGCCAGUCCCUCGUACCCACUGCUGGCGGGCUCCAGCCCCCUAAGCCAGACCUACUGCGGCAGCUUCGCCUAUGCCUGCCCCGAGAUCUUGCUGGGGCUGCCCUACAACCCCUUCCUGGCCGAUAUCUGGAGCAUGGGCGUGAUCCUCUACACGCUGGUCGUGGCCCACCUGCCCUUCGACGACACCAACCUCAAGCGCCUGCUGCGAGAGACCCAGAAGGAGGUGACCUUCCCUUCCCAGCCGCACGUCUCCGAGGAGUGCAAGGACCUAGUGCACCGGCUGCUUUGCCCGGUGCCCCGGCGCCCCACGGUGCUGGACCUGCUGCAGACGCCGUGGGUCCAGCGUUUCCAGGGCGAGCGGCCCCACACCGAGCUGCGGGCGCUGGAGGCAGCCUGGGGAGUGCGGGCUGAGGGGGGGCGGGUGCUGCCCAGGACCCCCUCCUUGCCCCUGCACAGUGAGAAGAAGCGGGGGGGCAGCGGAACCCAGCUGAAGGUUGCAAAGCUGCCAGAGAAGGGGAGCUGA